AUGGAGGAGGAGGCGGCGCGGGGCCGGGCCGGAGGGAGCGGGGCGCCGGGACGCGGCGGGCCCGGCGGCGCGACGGCAGGAGGCGCUAGCGAAGGAGCACCCGGCGGGGGCGAGCGACUCCGCCGCGGCGCCGCGAUCCCACAAUACAACGGCGGCGCGGAGCAGUCGAGAGGCGGGCCGGCGAGGGCAGAGCGGCGCCCGGGCCUUUCGCUCGCCGCCGCCGCCGCCACUUCCCCUCGCCGCCUCGCCCCGCCCCCGGGGCGGGCCCUGGCCUCGUGUGACAAGGGAAUGAAAACAAGGGCCGGGGCCGGGCUGGGAGCCGGGGGCGGGUCCGCGGGCCGGCACGGCCAAUGGGCGGCGGGGGCGGGGUCCGCGCCGCACGGCCGACAGCCGGAGGUCUCGCCCCGCGCGGUCGCGGGGCUCUAGACGCAGGAGCCGGCACUCUCCAGGCGUGCAGCCAGCAGAUGUGGAAGAAGUUGUCCAGCAUGGAGUACAGAUCCUGGUGAUUGGCCGAGGGAUGAACGAGGCACUGAAGGU